GAGCGGGCGUCAUCACGUUUCUGGCAGCUUUCUUCUUUCACAUUGUAGUGGUUGACUCAUCAGUUUAAUCGGCUGCAUCUUUUUGUUUCUGAGUAUAUUAUUUGAUUAUCGUAUGUCCAUCCAGAAUCUAAACACAUUUGACCCCUUUGCUGAUGCAAGUAAGGGUGCAGACGAUGAUGUUCAGGACGGACUUGUUCAUAUAAGAAUCCAGCAACGAAAUGGUCGCAAGACUCUAACCACUGUCCAAGGGCUUUCCUCCGAUUAUGACUUGAAGAAGAUCGUGCGGGCAUGUAAAAAGGAAUUCGCAUGUAAUGGUACUGUGAUCGAGCACCCAGAAUACGGCGAAGUGCUUCAAUUGCAAGGAGACCAACGCGAAAACAUCUGCCAGUGGUUGACAAAAGCGGGUUUGGCGAAGCCCGACCAGCUCAAAGUCCACGGCUUCUAAUGUAUCGUCGACGCAAUAAUUUCUGCCGUUUUAGUUACACAUAAAUAUCAUCAGCACAUCUCGAAAUCUUAGUUAAAUGCUCGUCAUGCCCAGGUAGUAUGUAUCUGGGAGCCUUUGAUGUCUUUAGAGAAUUCGUUACUGUUAUUACUCCUUUCAUUGACAAUGUAAUUUUCACAUUUUUUUUACUACUGAUUAAAAUUUUAUAGCAUUGCCCGUAAACAAAACUGCGAAUGCGAUGAGCGGUUUUGACGUCAAAUAGUUUUAAAUUGUGCCUUUCCAGAAAUUCUCCUUGGUUUUUUUGAUUGAUUGAUUUGUUAAUCCUCAGUAAUUGAUUUAGUUGUAACUCAAGUGUAUAAGUAAAUUAAUAAAUGUCUUAUAUACGAUUA